CAGCAACAUCCUGAAGCGCUGCGCCGUCAUCCAGCGCGCCUCUGAGGAGGUGCGUGGCAGUGCGCAGUUCCGCGACCUGCUCCACAUAAUCAUGAAGGUCGGCAACUUCAUCAACCACGGCGAGGCCACGGUGUCCAAGGAGGGUGUCGUGCGCAGCUUCGCCCUCGAGUCCCUGCAGACGCUGUCCUCCUUCAAAGCAGGCAAGAUAUCCGCGCUGCACUUCCUGUGCUUCACCCUGAGGUGUUCGGACGAGAGCUUCCUGCGGUCGCUGAAGCAGAGCCUGAGGCAUAUUCGGGAAGCUUCCUUCGAGAGGUUGUCGGCUCUGAAGUCGGAGGCCACUGUGAUCGGAAAGCAUGUGCAGGAGUAUGCAGGAUGUUACACAUAUUUUUCUGGGGGCGCGCGGCUUGGCGGACAGCGGACCAAGUGAAUUGGCCGACAACGAGUUUGAAGCCGAGGGAAGGAUCCUCCAACGAACCCUUCACACACUUGGAUUUUGUAUUCACGCGUGCACGCAUUUCCAUGCCGACUUGAGCUUGCAUUGCGAAUUACAGUUCGAUGUGACGUUUGAGGUGCGUGCUGGCAUGCAUCAUGAUUUGAAUCCCGAUGUGCAUGUUCGAUGUACACCUCGAUAUUGAAGAUGAUGGACAAAAUGGC